AUGUUCAUCCUGCGAAGCUACGCGUUACACGCCCUGUCAUGUACAUCCCCUGGUGUUGUCGAGCCUGCGAUGUUCUGGGAACAGGUGAUGCGGUUCGUAAACGCCUAUGUCUCUGGAAUAUCUAAAGGACGGCCGACCAAGUCGUCAUCAGAGGACGAACAAGCCAACCGAGAAGAGGAAGAAGCCACCAAUUCCAUACUGCGAUUCUUCGAUUCAAUACUAGAAGCUGUACAAGAGAGAGAAGAUGCAGGCUCGUGGACCACCGACCCUUCGUCAUCUCGUCCAUCAUCACCUUCGAACGGUAGCAAGGCGGUGACGGAUACCCGGAGAGGAGCGGAGAAGUUUGCGCUCGUGUGUGAGAUGUGGAUCGGGUUUGCGAGGAAGGUGGGGGAUGUGGGUUUGCUGGAGAGGGUUGGGGCGUUGAUGGGUGGUGGGGGUGGCGAUACGUCGAGUUCGAGUGCGGUAUUACGGAGGGCGGCGGCGUCUGUGUUUGCUGCAAGGGCGCCGUCUGGGUUUAGUACGCCGAAACAGAAGGCGAGGUCGCUUACGCCGGCUGCUGCCACUGAAGAAGAGGGCCGAGAGGAGGAGGCAGGGGAGGAAGGCAGUGUGGAGAAGGAGAAGGAAAGACAGCAGUUGACCCUCAAGGAGGUCAUGCACCAUGCGACCAAGAUCUGUGCUGUUUUUGCUCAGGGCGUGGUAGCGCUUGACAAUGUUGUAGGAGCAUGCAGUGUGAAUGGUGGAACGAGCGAUGAAGACGAUAAAGAAACGAUACGGAAUCUCCAGCCGUCGCUUCAAAUCCUACAAACAUCGCUUCCGUUACACUACCUGCUACGCGGAGAGGUCUACACGCCUUUCGUGGAAUCCAAUACCGACGACCCCAGACUUCUGAAAGAAAUUGAGGACUUCAAGCGUCUCUCAGGGAAGGUCGACCGUGGGUUCGAGCGACUGCGCAGAGCGUGUGUUACGAUCAUUGAACCAGCGCGUGGCGGGAAGACACUGAGGAAGCUUGCGGAGGAAAUCUUGGAGUCCUGCGUGGGCGUUCUGAAGGGACUAGUCGUCCUCGACGACGGCGAGAUUCAUGAGGAUGAACACGCCACCGACCCCGAACUCCAUCAUCAGGUUCAUCUGGACUUCAUUUCGGAUGUGCUUUCUCGCGCUUUGAACACACUGUUCUUGUUGGCGAGGACGACGCUUGAUACGAGGGAUAUGGAGAGUUGCAUUCCUGCGUAUGAUUAUUUGGAGGAGGGUGUGGGGAUUUGUGACGGUGUUGUGCGACACGAAUCUCGGCGAAGCUCACCUCAGUCCCAGGGCGGGGGCGAAGAUGGUAACGAAGUAGGCCGCUCAAAGCAGCAGCUGGACAUCCCGAAUUACCUGCGGUGUAUUUCGGGUGCGUUUUAUAACCUUGCGGGGAGGUUGUAUCAGGCGCAGAGGUUUGGUGCUGCUGUUCCCUUUUUGAAGAGAGCGUGUGUGGUUGGCGAGAAGGGGUUGGAGGGGUGGAGAGAAAGAAAGGGCCGUUUGGGAGCUAAGGAGGAAGAACAGAAGGCCAGUGGGAGGAGUGUUAAAGGGCGGAAAGAGGGUUUGGGUAUUGGGGCUGUGAGGGGUGGCGUUAGAGCCAAAGCGAAAGAAGAGGAAAGUAAGGAGGGCAAAGAGGAGUCGGAGAAGGAAAGGAAGGAGAGGGAGAAAGAGAGGGAGUGGAGGCUCCUUGAGAACCAGCUUUUUAAGCGGUAUGAAUUGUUGGCAGUUUGUUAUUUGAAGAAUGGGGAUCGCAAGAACUCGUAUGAGGCGUUCAAGGAUUGUAUUCGUGUGUUCCCUUUCUCUUCGACGAGGAUGGCGGAGAGAGCGGAUCGGGUGGCUUUGGAUGGUGUUUUCGAUCCCGACAGUGCAGUUCCUGCGCCUACGACUUUGACCAUCGCUGAAGACGACGAGAACCGAGCUGGACGAGACGACAGCGACAAGGGCGACGAGAAGAAUCUCCUGCAACAACUCAAGAACCUGCUCGACCGGGUCACAUACGUGGGCGCAUGCGAGCUGCUGUUGAGUGCCAGGGAGGUCUCUGUGCGGAGUGGGUUUGGUGAAGCGGUGGCGCCGUCGGGAUCUGAGGAUGAUUUGGUGAAGAGGAUGGGAGGAAUGAAGCUGGAUGGGGUCUCCGCCUCCCCUUCGUCUGAUGCCGGAUCCCUUAGGAAGCCAGAUCUGAAGGACAUCAAGAUCAUUGGCGCAUUGCUAGAGUACCAGUACGAAGCUCUCCUUCAGAACCGACAUAAGGAGGGUGCGAGGAGGGUGUUGGUGGGACUUUUGAAGGAUAUGGUGGAGGUGUAUAGUGUUCAAGGGCCAUUCAGUUCCCCUGGUGCCAAUGAAGCUCAGGAAGCGACGCCUGCGAGGUCUACGAGGAGUGCGGUUGCAAGGAGGGGACGAGGUGGUAGGGUUGGAAGUGGGAGUGGGACCGGCGGCGGGCGGGGCAGGGGUGGUGACAAGGACAAGGAGGGUGAGAUGACAGAGGGGUAUUUGAUGCCUGUGAGGCGGGCGAGGGCGUUGUUGAAGUGUUUGGAAUUUUUGUAUAGGGAUCAGGGACCGGAUUCUUCGGAUGGCACCAGUUCUCCGGCGAAUGACCUCCUCGUCUCCCUCAACUUGUCGUCGACCACGUCACUCGCGGAUGAGAUCCUCAAGAUGCUUUCUCUCUCGUACCAACAAGCAAGAUUGAAUGUAGGAGAAGACGUGGCUUUGGCGAUAUAUACGAAGCAGUACAGGAUCUCGACGCAUUUGUGGGUUGCAUUGCAUGCGCAUAAGAGGGGUAAUGGGAAUGGCGAGAUGUUGGGUGUGGUUGCUACGCACGUCGCCAAGGGCGCUAGGAUCCUGAAAUUCCUCUUUGAUUCCUUCACCGGUGCUGCGGGCGGUGGAAUGGUUCUAGGAGGGAGGAGGUCGAGUGUGCGGAGUGGAGGCGGUGUGGGUGGCACGCCAAUCAGGAGGAAGGUUUCUGCCAGUCCAAGAGUUGUCAAGGCUCGUUCUGGGAGUGGAGGUGUUGGGAGGAAGGCAUCUGCGUCAGGAGGAAAGGGCGUAGGGGAAGUGGUGGUUAAGAGGGUUGUGGAACCGCGAGCUACGAGGUCGAGGAGGGAGCCGCCGAGUGUGCCUGCUGCGCCGAGGAAACCGCCUGCUUCGAGUAGGACGCGCGUUGGGACGAGGGCUGGGACGAGGAGUGCUACUGCUGCUGGCGCAACGGUGGCAGUGGGUACGGGUGUGGGUAGCUCGUCGGCGGCUCCGCCUAUUACGCCUAAAGCGACCAAGACGGUUACGUUGCUAUCCCCUGUGUCGAGUGUCGGUACUCCUCCGAGACCUUCCCUCAGCAAGGAAGUUGCAUCUGUGGGAGUGAUGCCGAUCCCGUUCGAUGAUUUUGGGAGGUUCCAUGAGCUGUUGAUGCUCACUGUGAGGAUUCUGGGGCUACUUUCGUUGGUUCUUCCCCGAGUCCAGCUCUUGGCUUCGCUGAGGAGACUGUGUCAGAGGCAGCUGGGUGCUGCGAGUGAAGGUGUGCAGUUCGGUAUCAUCAUGUUCGUUCCAUGGACUGAUUGGUUCCUUGUUGGCGCAGCGUUCAUUGUGUGUUCGCUCGAACUCGCCUAUGAAUAUGUUCAGUUGGGCAAACUCAAACGGGCCACGACUAUCUUUGGCACGGCGUUGGAUGUUGUUCGAGCAGGCGAUGCGUCUGAGGAGAUCUCGGCAUUCUAUUUGUUGAGGUUCGCCGAGGCGCUAGCAAUGGCCGGCGAGGUUGAAAAAAGUGCAAAGGUCUAUCUGGAAGCACUGGAACACGCGCAGAGGAUUGAACCCGAUCAUCGAGGAAUGUCGAGUGUGCAACGGAUCCAUACCCGGACGAGGAAAUUGGAGCUGAGUGCCAUGGCUGCGUAUGUGUAUGCGCUUGUUCAGUUUGCGAGGGAGGACGUGACGACUUCGCUCAACGCCAUGCUCCAAUCUCUCCGCCUGUGGAAUAGAGCGAUUGAUGCCAUUUCACGACUUUCGAAGUCCUCGAAAUCACAAGCAUCCUCGAACCCCUUCGAAUCCAACGAAACCCCCACCAAUACCUCUGCACACCCGAUGGAUACCACCCAAACCGCGUCCAAGUCGAAGACUAUACUCGCGUCCUCUACGCCUACGAACCGUCGCGGCACAGGCGCUGGCGAAUUCGAGUGGCGAAUCUUCCAGGGCCUUCUUUCCUCGCUCUUUGCGUUGGCUGACGCCUACCUCACGCGAGGCUCGCCGAGGGAGUCGGAGUACUUCUUAAAGCAGGCCAAAGAGUUGGGCGAGGAAUUGAAUCUUGGUGUUGUGGUUGGGAGGGCCAUGACGCGCCUGAGUGAAGUGCUGCUCGGGAUGGGCAAGUUGGAGAGCGCACAGGAGAGUUUGGAGGAGGCUGCGAGGAGGCUGGGGAUCAGACGGGAUGGUGAAGAGGACUUUAGUGAGGGGGAUGUAGUGGAAGUGGUGGAUCAAGCGGAAGAUGAUGAUGGGUUUGAGGAGGUCGAGGUGAAUAAAGGACCGGUUGUUGCUGCGCUGGAGAGGAUUGAGAAUAAGCGGCUUCUGGCCAAGUUCAAUGAGAAGGCUGAGUUGAACGAGGAUGCGCAGGAGUUAUUGUUCGCGAGUAUGAGGCUGUUGGACGAGUUGAACGGGCGGUUCCAGAAAGUUGAUUCGAGCUUCUUGGGGAUCAGGAAGUCGCUUGACAACGAGAACUCGGGCGAUGUAGUUGUACCUGAUUUGCUGGCUCUCGUCCUGUGCCGAAGCAUCUGGCUCUUGCGAGAAAAUAUGGACGCCGACUUCCAUGCUCUGGUAGACAAACUCGAGUCUUUGCCCAUGUCUAUGCGAACCAAAGUGGAGGAAAACGCGCUCAUGGCUAACCUGACCCUGUACAAUGUAUACAACCGGUUCCGAAGUGACAUGUUCCUGAGCUCCCUCACUGAGUCUACUAUUUCCAUCCCGAUGGGCAUGUCGAGCCAGGGUGGCGUGCAGAUUGCACUUCCUGUGCAAGACGUUCUCAAUGCGUUGGACACGGCCGAGAAGUACUUCCAGGAGGGCUUGAAAUUGUCUGUCGGCUCUGGGGAUGUUUUGAAGGCCCGUGAAGCUGCUGUUUCGUUGACCCUUGUCAAGGUGUUCCAGACCUCUCUGGGACGUUUGGGCGAUACGAAUGCGGUUUAUGCGUCAUCUUUACUUGAUACUUCUUCGGCUAUUACACUCAGGCGAGAAAUGCUCGAAGCCAUUCACCAGAAGAUCGCAGCAUUGCGUUCUGACGAUAUCGAAUGGCCCAUGAUGGACUCCAAGGGCGCUCCUCAAGCUCAAGUCGCGAAACCUACCAGGCGAAUCUUUGAUGAUUCCGAUGUCGACAUGGAUGAUUCGGACGAUGAGGGCGAGGUCUCCGUCAAGAAGUAUUGGGAGAACGUGAAAAGCAGAUACGAACCCCGCCUCUUGGAUCCAGAAAUGCUAUCGACAUCACGAACUGCCGACCUUCCUUCGAAUUGGACGAUCGUUCACGUCAGCCUCACCGAUGACAAGGGCACGCUGCUUGUCUCAAGGCAAGAGUGCGGGGAGAGCGGCGUGGAACCAUUGGUGUUCUCUGUACCCUUGAAAGGGAGGAGGGACAAUGGUGGGGGAGAGGACGAAGAGCACCUUACGUUUGAAGACGCGAUGCAAGAGUUCAACGAUAUCAUCCGACUGAGCGAUGAAGGCACCAAAUCGGCAAUUCAUGUUCGAUCAGAUGAUGAAGAGGCGAGGUCAAAUUGGUGGAGGCAGAGGAAUGAGCUUGAUGUUCGGCUCAAGGACCUUUUGGAGAACAUCGAGUUUUGCUGGCUGGGAGCGUUCAAGACUAUCCUGGGUCCACGACCUGACUUGACCCCGGAGUUGCUCUCUGAGCUGCGAGCGGGUAUUGACCGUGUGUUCCAGCGCAGUCUUCACGUCAAGGAUCCAAAACGCACCACCAAAUCCCGCUCGACAGGCCAUAGACGGGGUUUCUCUCAAUCGCUUGCACCAAGUCAAGUCACCCUCGAUGACACCAUGCUGCGCUGCUUCUCCACGCUUUCACCAAAAUGCAGAGACGAAGAACUCGAAGACCUGCUCUAUUUCGUUCUGGACCUAUACCAGCUUCAUGGUGUACCGAUCGCCAUUGCCGAAGUCGAUGCCCUUCAAGUCGUCGUCGAUCUCAGAGCGGUUCUGGAAGAACACAAUGCGAGGUUGAUGAAGCAUCGGAGGACGAAUCGGGCGAUGACAGCAGCGUUGGACGAACACGUCUUCCUCGUCCUUGACAAGAAUGUCCAGGGACUGCCUUGGGAGAGUCUGCCGAUUAUGAAGGGAAGGAGCAUCAGUCGAAUCCCCUGCGUUGAUUUCCUCGUUGAUCGUGUCGAGCUGGCCAACUUGAAGCGUGGCAAGUCUAGGGCGGCCUCUGCAUCUACUACUGGGGGUCCUCCUGGCUCGGCUGUCCUCGACACUCGCAAAGGGUACUUUAUCUUGAACCCGAGUGGUGACCUUGGCAAGACGGAAGGACGGUUCAAAGAGUGGACGGACGACAUGAAGCAGAUUGGAUGGGAUGGUGUUGUGGGGCGUGCUGUGAGCGAGCAGCAGUUUGUGGACGCGUUGAGGACCAAGGAUUUCGUUGUAUACUUUGGGCAUGGAGGCGGUGAGCAGUAUGUCCGCUCUCAUCGAAUUCGAAGCCUUCCCACCUGUGCUGCUACGAUGUUGUGGGGCUGUUCCUCUGGGGCACUCCGUGAGAUGGGUGAUUUCGACAGGGUUGGAACACCUUACAAUUACAUGCUCGCUGGAUGCCCAACGCUCGUCGCCAACCUGUGGGACGUCACGGACAGGGACAUCGACAAGUUCUCCAUGUCUGUGUUCGAUAAGGUCGGAUUGAAGGCCAGCGAGAUCAAGAAACGGGGCGACAAGCAACAGCAGUCCAUGUCGGUUGUCGCGGCGGUUGCGCAGUCGAGGGACGUUUGCAAGCUAAAGUACCUGACUGGGGCUGCACCUGUGGUAUACGGCAUUCCUUUUUAUUUGUAA